CGUCACGAGAGGAAUAUCUAUUGGAAGGUAACCCACUGGUUUGAAGUGAUAGGAAGGCUGCUGCGAGACCCUGCUAUCUCUAAGGAGAACGUAUACAAUAUGGACGAGACUGGCGUGAUGCUUUCUAUGCUAGGUAUAGUUAAAGUAUUAGUAGGUAAGGAUAAUAUGCGAGACUAUAGAGGUGCGCGUGUUAAGCGCACUAUGGUUACC